ACAGAACCAACCUUUAUAUUGCGUACAGAAGAACAUUUCCACACCAUGAACACGCCCCGUUUGAGAGAGGAUCCGAGGAAGAACAAGGGUUAAUUGGGGUAAAGCCCUAUAGAGACGACGACAAUGACCAUAGCGAACCCAUAGAAAUGGCACAAUUGCCACUCAGUAUGGUGAAACUCGAACAAGAAUUGGAGGCAAUGCUUGACGGAAUAGUCAAUGAUAUCAACGAGUUGGGAAAACUCUACAGAAAGAACAUGCUACCAGGAUUCAACGACACUAGUGAAGACGAAGCUAAGAUCAACGAUUUGAGUAUGAAGAUCACUAAGAAAUUUCAGUUUAUGUACACGGAGAUAAAGAAACUUGACGACAGUAAAUUACAGUUUGGCAGAAAGUCAGAGACACUUUUGGUGGAGAACUUGAAGAAGAAAUCGGCAAUUCGAACGCAGGAACUUUCGACUUCGUUCCGAAAGCUACAGAAUAACUAUAUUCGAUACUUACGAGAGGAUGAGUUUGAGGUUGCCACUCCAAAUGUUGAAAAUAAGGGUUUCGAUGAGUCGCAGAUAUUUGCAAAUAAUGGGAAUCCCGGAGAAGAAGAUGAAGGCUCUGCUAUAGAGAAAUAUUCUCGUGAAGCUAUGCAGAGUUCAAGUAAACAGCUUCUAAAGCAGGUGGACCAGUCACAGAGUAGGUUGAGUGAUGAGUAUCUUGAACAGAGAGAGCGGGAGAUUUAUAAGAUAGCGCAGGGAGUGGUGGAGAUCUCGACAAUCUUUAAGGAGUUGGAGACGAUGGUGAUAGAUCAAGGUACUAUUCUUGACCGUGUCGAUUAUAAUUUGAGUAAGACGGUAGAGGAUGUGAAAAAGGCAGACAAGCAGAUGAAGAGGGCUGAGGGUUAUCAAAAGGCUACGACCAAAUGCAAAGUGGUUUUGUUUUUGGUCUUGGUGAUCUUAUUCAUGCUACUGUUACUCAUGGUAAAGCCGAGAAGGGUCGAUCAUUACAACCAUGAUACAGAUAAAGGAGGAGACAGUAAUCCGUCGGCAUAUACACCUGACAGGACGCCAGAGAAUACUUCGCCGGAUGUGGGGAACUUAAUAUAA